CGCGCGCCCGGGGCUCCUUCCGCUAACCGUCGCUGUUGUCGUCGCUGCGGCUUCUACCGCCGCCACCGCCGCCGCCAUGUUGAUGCUGGGCCGCGGGCUGGACGCCAGGGACAACCAGACUCGUCAAGUACGAGAAUCUGUGUCAAAAGUGGAAAAACAUUUUGGUGAAUUGUGCCAAAUAUUUGCAGCAUAUGUACGAAAAACUGCCAGACUGCGAGACAAAGCAGAUCUUCUAGUAAAUGAGAUUCAUGCUUAUGCAGCUACAGAAACACCAAGUUUAAGGAAUGGAUUGAAAAACUUUGCAAACGAGUUUUCCAAACUUCAAGAUUAUCGCCACGCAGAGGUAGAAAGACUUGAAGCAAAAGUUGUUGAACCUCUGAAAUGUUAUGGGACCAUCAUAAAACUUAAGAGAGAGGAUCUCAAAGCAACUUUAUCAGCAAAGAAUCGAGAAGCAAAACAGCUCUCUCAGCUUGAAAAGACGCGUCAACGAAAUCCAUCAGACCGGCACAUUAUUUCACAGGCCGAAAGUGAAUUACAAAGAGCUUCACUGGAUGCCACGCGGACAAGUCGGUACUUGGAAGAAACCAUUGACAACUUUGAAAAACAAAAAAUAAGAGAUAUAAAGAAUAUCUUUUCAGAAUUUGUAACAAUUGAAAUGCUAUUCCAUGGGAAAGCCUUAGAAAUUUACACUGCUGCCUACCAAACUAUACAAAAUAUUGAUGAGAAUGAAGACCUAGAGAUGUUUCGGAGUUCGCUUUAUCAAACAGAACAUCAGUCUCGUUUGGAUAUUGUUCGUGCAAAUUCAGAGUCUCCCCUUCAAAGGAAUGCUUCAUCCAAAUCUUGUCCUGGAAUAGUUCAGCAGAUUUCCAGAAAUCCAUUGAAAAAGGAGGAGGAAGAUGAAGAGUAUGACAAUGAGGAUGAAUAUGAAGAUUAGCAUUAAAACCACCAAGGAAGAGAGCACCUUUGAGACUAGAAAGCGUUUCCCCUGCAAAUUGAUAUUUUUCAUUGUGUUGAUGCUCGGUGAUAAGACACAAUUAAGACUAUUCAUUUAAACUACAGUAAAGAAAGAACUGAUCACUGUUACCUGACAAUUAUUAUUUUUUAAUGGUAUGAAAUUUAAUGGUCCACUAAAAGUAGAUUUGAGCAAUAUCAAAAUAAAGUUGUGUCAGUGAGUUUAGUUGUGUUUGAAGGAAUUCAGAGUUCCAUAAUUAUGAAAGACCUAGAUAGCUCAGUUGGUUAGAGCAUGGUGCUCAUAACGCGAAGCUGCAGGUUCUAUCCCCAUAUGGGAAAGCUGCAUAUUCCUGCACUGCCAGGGUUUGGACUAGAUUAUUCUCAGGGUUCCUUUCAACUCUACAAUUCUAUGAUUCUAUUUCAGAAUACAUUUUGACGUUUCACAAACAACCUUCAUAGAAAAGAUAGCCUCAAUCCCUAGCAACCAAGUUAAUCUUCCGUUUCCCAAUGUAUGCCAAAGCAUGGAAGCAAAUUAAGCAGCUGGUGAAAAUAGACAGCACUGCUUUGUUCAGUUCACUUUAUAAUCUAGUGUUCUCAUAAAGGUGUAACAAAACAUUCCAAAAUUGUCAUUGUCUGACUUACCAUAUUCAUGGAGUGUUAAAUUGGGUGGCUAGCACACAGGUUUAUGUGCCUAUUCUUACUUGAGGACUUUCCUAACAUUCUGCCCCUCAAUCUUUAACUUACGUUAUAGCUGCAUCAAUGCAGAUGACGGCAUAAAAUCUGCAUCAAUGCAGCAGUUCAGCUGCUUCAGUAUUCUUCGUGAAAGUGCCUUCAGUAUUACAGAACUUCUAAUUUACAUUUUAUUUUCCUUGUAAUACCUAUAGGGAUACAAAAUGGAAUGCAGCUGAUAUUUGGGGUGAUUUAUUUUCUUUUUAUUUCAGAUGUGGGAAACCUUGGCCGCCCAAAUGUUGCUUCUACUGGCUAUGCUCGCUAGGGCUGGUGGGAACUGCAGUUCAGCAAUGUCUCAAAGGCCAAAGUUUCCCCACACCUGCCAAUUUUUCUUCAUACCAGCAUUUCUACAUUAACUUUUUAUUAUCAGUAUUAUAAACUCUAGUCUUUCUGCAUGAAUUUCAGUUUUGUCUUUGACUUUAAAUACAACUACAUUAUGGCAUAAUCUAAGUCAUUGGGAAUAAUUACAAUAAAUAAAUACUUGUAUUUUUCACAAAAUAGCAUUUUUCCUCUGUCAGUAAUUCUUAACUGUGGCCUGCAGAACAGAGAUGGACUUGGAAUGAUACAAUUAAGAGGGUAAAGCUGGAAGACUAUUCUGAAGGUGCCAAAUGUAAAACUCGCCUGUAAAGGAACCAUAGUGAAUAUGAGAAAGCAAGCACAACGCCUUAACACUGAUCUCUUGCUUUACAACCAUCUCAGUCAUACACAGGACAACCAAGCAGCAAUACUCACCUCUCUCUCAUUUGUAGUGUACAGUGGUGCCUCGACUUACGAAUUUAAUCCAUUCCAAAGGCACCUUCGUAGGUCGAAAAAUUCCUAAGUCGAAAAGUGCCAUUGGAAACGCGAUAUCCCAUAGGAAUGCAUUGGAAACGGAAAAAUCCGUAAGUCGAAGCAACCCCAUGUAAAAAUUCGUAAGUCAAAAAAACCCUAUCUAAAACCGCCACAGGUUCCAUUCAGAUGUCGAUAAAUUCAUAAGCGUGCGGCCAUUUGUCCAAUUCCCAAGUCGAAAAAUUCGGUUGUUGAGUCGUUCUUAAGUCGAGGUACCACUGUACUAUGGUUAUGUAGUGUACUACAGUGGAGCGUAGGGACAGCUGUUAGCACUCCAAAGCCAAUGGGGUUGCUGUGCUAGGGACAGCUGUUAGCACUCCAAAGCCAGUGGGGUUGCUGUGCACCCUUAACCACCAUUAGAAAUAUUUUUGAACAAACCUGAAGCAAUUUAUACUCCAUCCUCAACAGUUAAUGCGUUCAGUUGUCUUGAAGUGAUCCAUCUUCCCCCUACCACUUUCAAUUUAAAACAAAAACCCCACAAGUAAGUUAUCAAGUCUAUUUUGCACUUACUGAACUGAAUGGAUAAGUAAAAUUAAUUAAGUUCCAUUCUUUUCCAACUUAAUGAAACACAAUAGAGAAAAGUUCAAGUUUUACUUACACACAAGCACACACACACCCCUACAAAACACUGCUGGGGUCAGUUGGACCCCAAGAGUAAGGUUUCUGCUCCAAACUGGCCUUGACCUGAUGGAAAGGCUAACACACUCAUAGUUCAAACUUCCAAACACUGCUUUCUUAGAUGUAAUGUAAUCAAUCCUAAUACAUUACAUGCAUGAAAUCGGAAUCAUGUUAGAACAAUGAGAUUAUAGAUUAUACCUGUUCCAUUAGUAGCAGCCCAGUGUUACACCUAGGCAUUCUGGGGGUCCUGUUCCCGAUAGCCCAAGGGUAAUUUAGAUUAACAGCCAGAACCAAUAUACUGUAAUAGUUUGUGUUAAGACUAGUUUUAGAAAAAUCUCUUACUAGGUAAAAAUUUAAAGGUGUCCUCUGGCCCCCAAAUGUUGAAUACUGUCAAAAUUUGUAUGUGAUGGGUAAUUCACCAGCUCUUCAAGCAUCCAUCCCCAUGGUGGCUUCAAUGUGAAAUAAAAUGGGUUGUUUAAAGAAAAUUGUUGUCUAAAGAAAAACAAACCAAAACAAUGGCAUACAAUAUACAAAAGCAGAGAAGGGAAAUCUGGCCUUCUAAGAUGAUGUUGAACUACAACCAACCCAGAACUUUAGCCAUACUGGCUGAGGCUGAUAGGAGUUAGGAGUCCAACCGGUUUUACAAAGUACAUGGGGAUUUGCUACUAGCUAGUCGAUACAACAUCACAAAUGGUGCUGAAAUUGGCAAAUAUCCAAGGAGAGGAAUAAACCAUCCCAAUAGCAAUUCGCCAGAGGUUUGCCAAGCUU